ACUAUUGGGCUUCACGGACUCAAAGCCCAUAUAACAAACCGACCCGUCUAUCUCAAUCGGAUCUUUCUUCUAGGGUUUCAGUUUCUUCCUUGAAACAACGGAUUUUGUUCGGAGAAUUUGGAUCUUCGGUUUCAGUGAGGGCGAAGGAUCAUGGUGGGGUUCAGAAACAGAUACAUGGUGAUGGAGGUUUUCUUGAACCCUAAUAGAGACCCUGUGAAGGACGAUUCUGUCAUAAUUACACAGUUUAAUGUCUCCAAAGCUAUAAGAGACAGCAUUUUGGUGAAUUUUGGGGAGUGUGGUUUGGCUUCUUCAUUGGGAUCAUUCCAGGUUAAGUAUGUGAAUCCAAUCACUAAUGUUUGUAUCAUUAGGGCUUCAAGAGAGGAUUAUCAGAAAGUAUGGUCUGCCAUUACAUUGCUCACAAAUAUUGGAAACUGCCCGGUGAUGUUUAACUUGUUGGAUUUGUCUGGAAGUAUAAGGGCUUGUAAAAAUGCUGCCUUGAAGUGUGAGGAAUCAAAAUUUGAGCAGUACAAACUCAUUAUUGGUGAUCGAUUCUCUGCUGAUCAUACUCAGCGCAUGAAUACCUAUCUUGAUAGGAUCAAAGUUUUGGAGCACUGAAUAUUUUGCCUCCAAGGAUUGUCUCAUUGAGAUUUCUCAGUUUUUUGCAAUUAGUCUGUGUUCAAUCUGAAGUUGCCUACAAUUAUAGGUUAAAUUUAAUAUCUGUAAUCAUAAUAGACGUGAUAGCUAUGCAAGUUCAGUGCACCCUCUUUUCACAGAAGAUGGAGUCUUCUGUUUA